AUGGCUGCCCAAGAAUUGAAAGAAAAGAAGAGAAAAUCAUCCUCCGAAGAUGAUAAGCUAGUGGAAAAGAAGAAGCAUAAGAAAGACAAGAAGGAGAAGAAAGAGAAGAAGGAUAAAAAAGAAAAGAAAGAAAAGAAAGACAAAAGUGAGAAGAGAUCAAAGAAAGAAGAAGUUUCAGAACCAACCGUUGCAAAGACUGCUACUUCUUCUUCAAAAGCUACUACUGAUGGCUAUAAUGAAAGCUCCGAACUUUCUUCAGUCCCUCAAUCAGAAGUUGAUGCCUUUUAUAAAGAAAAUGAAGUAACAGUUGAAGAUCCAAAAUCAUCAAACUUGAGACCAUUAUUAUCAUUCUCCCAUGUUGAAUUUGAACCAGAAAUCCAAUCUGAGAUUGCCAAGUUCCCUAAACCAACUCCUAUUCAAUCUGUUUCAUGGCCAUAUCUAUUAUCAGCCAGAGAUGUUAUUGGUGUUGCAGAAACUGGUUCAGGUAAAACUUUUGCAUUUGGUGUUCCAGCAAUUGAUAAAUUAGUCAAAAAUGGCGAUAAAAAGGGUAUCAAAGUGUUUGCUGUUUCUCCAACAAGAGAGUUAGCUUCUCAAAUUUAUGACAAUUUAACAACUUUAACCAAGAAAGUUGGUUUACAUUGUGUCUGUCUUUAUGGUGGUGUUCCAAAAGAUCAACAACGUAAAGAUGUUUUGAAAGCUCAAGUUGUCAUUGCCACUCCAGGUAGAUUGAUUGAUUUGAUGAAUGAAGGAUCAGUUGAUUUAUCAAACGUUCACUACUUAGUUCUUGAUGAAGCCGAUAGAAUGUUGGAAAAAGGGUUUGAAGAAGAUAUUAAAAACAUUAUGAGAUCAUGUUCAAAUAAAAACAGACAAACUUUAAUGUUUACUGCAACAUGGCCAAAAGAAGUUAGAGAAAUCGCUAGUGUGUUUAUGAACGAUCCAGUUAAAGUUAGUAUUGGUAACAGAGAUGAACUAAGUGCCAAUAAAAGAAUUACUCAAAUUGUCGAAGUUGUUGAGCCAUUCAAAAAAGAAAACAAAUUAUUAUCAUUAUUGAAUCAAUAUCAAUCAGGUGAUAAAAAGAAUGAUAAAGUGUUGAUUUUUGCAUUGUAUAAAAAGGAAGCUUCCAGAAUCGAAAGAUUGUUGAUCAACAAAGGUUAUAAAGUUGCAGCUAUUCAUGGUGAUUUAUCACAACAACAAAGAACCCAAUCUUUAGAAAACUUCAAAAAAGGUCACUCAAACUUGUUAUUAGCUACCGAUGUUGCUGCUAGAGGUCUUGAUAUCCCAAAUGUCAAAACAGUUAUUAACUUAACUUUCCCAUUGACUGUUGAAGAUUAUGUUCAUAGAAUUGGUAGAACAGGUAGAGCUGGCCAAUAUGGUACUGCUCACACUUUAUUCACAGAACAAGAAAAACAUUUAAGUGGUGCUUUAAUUAAUGUUUUGAAAGGUGCUAACCAAAAUGUCCCAGAUGAAUUGUUGAAAUUUGGUAGUCAUACAAAGAAGAAGGAACAUGGUGCUUAUGGUGCUUUCUUUAAAGAUGUUGAUAUGACCAAGAAGCCUAAAAAAAUCACUUUUGAUUGA